GGUUGGUGGGGUUGCUACUGCUGCCGCUGCCGCUGCCGCUGCCGCUGCCGCCGCCGCGGCCGCCGCCGCCGCCGCCGCCGCCGGCCGGGAGGGUCGGGAGAACGGGUGGGGAGAGCCGACGCCUACACUCGCGGCGGGCGCGACGCCAGGGCGGGUCCCUCGGCCCGCCUCCGGCCUCGCGGCCGCGCUGGAGCAGCUGGGCGGGCCCGGGUGAGCCCUGCGCGUCGGGCCUUUGUCCCCCGGGCGGGAACCCCAGACGCACGGGCGAGCCGGUCCGAACGUCCCCGGCGAAGCAAACGCGAGCUUGUUAAGUCGCCCGCGAAGAGCGGCGGGCACCGGCCCGCAGGGGUGCGAGGCCGGUGGCUGCGAACCAGGUGGGUAUUGCAGUUGCUUUCAGUAAUCACCCAAAUCCACUGCUCCUGGGCAAGUUCCUGGUGGAUUAAUCCUGCAGGAUGGCAGCCAUCAACCCGUGGGCUUCCUGGGGUAUCCUUACGGACCAGUCCUGGGGGAUGGCUGCUGUUGACCCGUGGGCCUCCUGGGCUCUGUGUCCUCAGGACUCUACCUGGUGCGUGGAGAAGACCCCUGAGGAGAGGAGGAGGGCCCCCAGGCUUCUGACAGCCCAGGCCCAGGAACCAGUGACCUUCAAGGAUGUGGCUGUGGACUUCACCCAAGAGGAAUGGGGGCAGCUGGACCCUGUUCAGAGGACUCUGUACCGUGAUGUGAUGCUGGAGACCUAUGGGCAUCUGCUCUCUGUGGGGAAUCAGAUCGCCAAGCCCGAGGUCAUCUCCCUGUUGGAGCAAGGAGAAGAGCCGUGGUCAGUGGAGCAGGCAUAUCCUCCUCAAGGCACUUGUCCAGAAUGGAUGAGAAAUCUUGAAAGCAAAGCGUUGAUCCCAACACACAGCAUUCUUGAGGAGGAACAGUCCCAUAGCAUGAAGUUGGAGAGAUACAUAUGGGAUGAUCCUUGGUUCUCCAGGUUAGAAGUUUUGGGAUGUAAAGACCAAUUAGAAAUGUAUCACAUGAACCAGAGUACAGCUAUGAGGCAAAUGGUCUUCAUGCAAAAGCAAGUACUGUCUCAAAGAGGCUCUGAGUUCUGUGAACUUGGGGCAGGGUGUAGCCAGAGCCUAAGCAUUGUUCCAUCUCAGAAAGUUUCUCAAAUAGAACAUUUCUAUAAGCCUGAUACAAAUGCUGAAAGUUGGAGAUGUAACUCAGCCAUAAUGUAUGCAGAUAAGAUUACCUGUGAAAAUAAUGAGUAUGACAAAGCCUUCUACCACUCCAUGCAACCUGUUCACCCUGCAAGGGUGCAAACUGGAGAUAAUCUUUUCAAAUGUACUGAUGCUGUUAAAUCUUUCAAUCAUAUACUGCAUUUUGGUGAUCAUAUGGGAAUGCAUACAGGAGAAAAACUAUAUGAAUAUAAGGAAUGCCAUCAAAUCUUUAACCAGAGCCCAUCAUUUAGUGAACAUCCAGGACUUCAUAUUGGAGGAAACCAGUAUGAUUACAAAGAAUAUGAGAAUAUCUUUUACUUUUCAUCCUUUAUGGAACAUCAAAAAAUUGGUACUGUAGAGAAAGCAUAUAAAUACAAUGAAUGGGAGAAAGUCUUUGGGUAUGACUCAUUCCUUACACAGCAUACAAGCACUUACACUGCAGAGAAACCCUACGAAUAUAAUGAAUGUGGGACGUCUUUCAUCUGGAGCUCUUACCUUAUCCAACAUAAGAAAACUCAUACUGGAGAGAAACCCUAUGAAUGUGAUAAAUGUGGAAAAGUUUUUAGGAAUCGUUCAGCCCUUACUAAACAUGAACGGACUCACACUGGAAUCAAACCCUAUGAAUGUAAUAAAUGUGGAAAAGCUUUCAGCUGGAAUUCUCAUCUUAUUGUACACAAGAGAAUUCAUACAGGAGAGAAACCUUAUGUAUGUAAUGAAUGUGGGAAGUCUUUCAACUGGAACUCCCAUCUUAUUGGACAUCAGAGAACUCAUACUGGAGAGAAACCUUUUGAAUGUACUGAAUGUGGGAAAUCUUUCAGCUGGAGCUCCCAUCUUAUUGCCCACAUGAGAAUGCAUACUGGAGAGAAGCCCUUUAAAUGUGAUGAAUGUGAAAAAGCUUUUAGGGAUUACUCAGCCCUUAGUAAACAUGAAAGAACUCACUCUGGAGCAAAACCAUAUAAAUGUACUGAAUGUGGAAAAUCCUUCAGCUGGAGCUCCCACCUUAUUGCCCAUCAGAGAACUCACACAGGAGAGAAACCCUAUAACUGUCAGGAGUGUGGCAAAGCAUUCAGAGAACGUUCAGCCCUCACUAAACAUGAAAUAAUUCAUUCUGGAAUUAAGCCCUAUGAAUGUAAUAAAUGUGGAAAAUCCUGCAGCCAGAUGGCUCACCUUGUUAGACAUCAAAGGACUCAUACUGGAGAGAAGCCCUAUGAGUGCAAUAAAUGUGGAAAAUCCUUCAGCCAGAGUUGCCACCUUGUUGCCCAUCGGAGAAUCCACACUGAGAUCCUUGGAGAGAAUAGAGGCAGCACUAUUAACCUCUGUAAGAGACAGCAGCCUAAUGCAUCAAGAGGUGUAUUGCCAACAUAUGGGUAUUGUAUUCUAACACCAAAAGUAAUAUACUUUGAACCGAGAUUCUCUGAUUUAGGGACUACAAAGGAUUUUGUAAGUCAUACACAAAUAUUCCACAAGCAUCCUGGCAAGUUCUGUAACUGUACCACCAAGCUUAGUAUCUUUUAAAAAAUAUUUCUAAAUGGGCCUCCUGGACUUCUAAAGUGUCCUUCUAAAAGGGUCCCAGACUUCUGCUUCCUCCUAGAAGGAUUCCCUACCUCCCUACCACCUAUUACACAACCUUAUGUAUGCCCAGGGCUCCCAGGUCCCCUCUUAUCUCCCUUAUUCUAACCCACAUGUAGCUCAGUUCAUUGCCCUUUUGAUCCCCACGCUCCACUCUUCCCCAACUCUGAAACCUGCUGGGCUCAGUUGGAACUCUCCAUUCAGCCAUCUUCUGCUGUGACUGAAACUUGGGUCUCCCCUCUGCACAGUACCUUUUCUUAUGAUCCUUUCAGGGAGUAGCUGCUUCAUUUGUUGCUUCUAGAUUGUUUUCGCUCCCUUCUCUCUAAAACUGAGUUCUGACUCUUGGGACACCAAACUGUCAUAUCACUCUUGCUUCCCUCUGUUGCAAUCACCUUAUGAAUGGUUCACUCUUCCCAUCCGUAAAGAUUUCAGCUCUUGCUGUAUUGCAUCUAAAACCACCCCCAUCAUAAUACUUCCUGAUUUUAUUGUCCAGGUUGAUGAUCUUCCUGUGUCCUGACCUCACAGUUCUUUGACCUGUCUGCUCACGGUUUUGUCACCCACCCUGCAACAGACGGUCACUCCCAUAGUCAUCCCUAGGAGCAUUCCAUUACCAGUGACUGGAACCUCCCCACCAUCAGUUUCAAAUGUCUUUUCCUAAGCUCGUUGGCUUUUCAGUACCAAGAUUUCAACAGUCCCUUCACUGAAUCUUCCCUUACGCUUGCUCCCAGCAGACGACUUUGCUUCUUGUUUCCCUGAGUGAAUAGAAGCCAGCAGAGGCCUUGCAUGACAUCUGUCCACCUUCUCUACCCACUUUCCAUAAUUUCCGUGCCUUCCCACUGGUGCCUGUAUAUGAACUGACUGGGUUGGCACCAGAGCCUGUCCCAUGUCCACUACUCCAAGACAUCACUCCAGCAAGUUUCCCUUAUCUCUUGUAUCCUCAGGUUUUCUAUAUAUACUGGAUUAUCCCCAUGGACAUGUAAACAUACUUCAAAAAACAAAACAAAAAAGUCUCUGGCUCCUGAAUCAUUCUCUGCUUUGUUUCAGAAAGCAAAAUAUUUCAAAAGUUGUCUGUUCUUGCUGUCUUCACUUCCCUUCCAUUCUUUCUUUUUUAAAAAAAAAUAUGUAUUAUUUUUGGUUGCGUCGGGUCUUAGUUGGGGCACACGGGAUAUUUCGUUGCGGCACAUGGGCUUCUCUCUAGUUGUGGCGCGCAGGCUUAGUUGCCUGGCAACAUGUGGGAUCUUAGUUCCCCGACCAGGGAUCGAACCCGCGUCCCCUGCAUCGGAAGGCAGAUUCUUAACCACUGGACCACCAGGGAAGACCCCUUUCCAUUCUUUCUUGGACCCACUCCAAAACCUACCUUGCUGCCAGAUGACCUCCACAUUGCUAAAUCCAGUGGUCAGUUCUGUUUUCUUCCUUGACGUUAUCAGCAGCAUCUUAGAUUCUUAGAUAAUAGAUCAUUUCCUCCUUGAAACACGUUCACCUGGCUUUUGGGACUUGCCUCCUGCCUCUCUGGCCUUCAUUUCAGGCCCCCUUUGCUGUUCCUUCCCCACCUCCUUCACCUCUUACUGUCAGACUGCCCACUUCCCAUCUGCUCACAGUGCCUUGAUCUCAUCCAGUCUUGAAGCCCUGUAAACACCAGUGGUAUGCUGAUGACUCUCCCUUUAAGGCCACAGUUUGAUGAGCUUUGAAAACUGUCAACACCCUUGCAACCACCACUACAAUAAAAAUAGAGAAUAUUUGCCCUUCUCCAAAAAGUUCCCUCAUGUCUUUUCACAGUUAAUCUCCACCCUACCCCAAGACCUGGGCAACCACAUGUCUGCUUUGUCAGUACAUACUAGAAUUGUCUUUUAGAGUUUUAUAAAGAUAGAAUCAUACAGUAUUCUAUUCAUAUGCUACGUUUGUAUCCAGAUUCUUUUGCUCAGCAUGUUUUGGAGGCUCAUCCACGUUGUAGCAUUUAUCAGUAGUCUACUUUCUUUGCUGAGUAGCUUUCCAUUAUGCGGAUGUGCCGCAGGUAGUAGUCAUCCUGUUCACCUGUAGAUGGACAUUGACUUGUUUCCAGUUCUGGGCUAGUGUAAAUACAGCCGCUAUGGACAUUCUUCUUCAGGGCUUUUUUGUGUAUGCAGGUUUUCAUUUACCUUGGGUAAAAACCUAGGAGUGGAAUAGCUGAGUUGUACGGUAAGUAAAUGUUUAACUUCAUAAGACACUUCUAUGGACCUUUUAAUCUGAUGUCUUUAUUCUGUUUUACAUUCUGGGAAAUUUAUCUCUUAUAUUUUAAUAUUUCAUUUUUGCCAUUUAAAAAGUUUCUCUUUUUAGGACUCCUAUUAUUUAGAUGUCAGUGUGUCUGUGUCUGUUGUUCAUAUCUGUUACCUGCUCUUUUGUGUUCUCUAGUUCCUUCUCCUUUCUUCCUUCUGUCUGGACAUUUCCUCAGCUUGCUAAUUUGUUUCUCAGCUGUCCAUUUUGCUGCUCAUUUCCUCUACUGUGUCUUCAUUUCAACCACUAUUUUACAUUUCUAAUAUUUCUACUUGGUUCUCUUUUAUGUGUUCUUAUUCUCAUUUCCUAUUGUUACUAUCAUGCCUUAUCUCUUUAAAUGUACUUAAUUGACUAAGUUAAAAUUUUGGUCCAUCUGUUCUAAUAUACGUGCUUCUGGUGGAAUCUGUAAUCCAGUGUGUUGUUUUUCUUUUUGAAAUAGUUAUGCUCAGAAAAUUGCUUACUGCCUGGCCAGUGAGCACGUUUAUUUCUCUUAGGGAAGCAGCUACUCCAUCAGUUUUUAUGCAUACAUGAGACAGGAUCAGAUCCUGGUCCCUGUAAACCCCACUGAACUCAGGGGUGGGAGGAUGGAUCCUAGGAUGGAGAGGUGAAGGCAUCAGAAAGCCAAUCACUGACUUCUUACCUCACAAGAUAACUGAAAUGUGAUUCACCAGCCCAGGGCUCUGUGGAGGCAGGGUGGAGAAACAUGUGCCUGAAGUGAUGUAGUCUCUGCCUGUCUCUCAGCUACUCCGAAGCCCUGCCUUGAUUCCACUCCUCAGGAGGCCUGAACCAGAGGCUGUGUCACUGCAGCUGUGGGUGAUGCCCGACCAUCCAGUCAACGAAUUCUCCUCACUUUCCACCUCACUGCCCUGUCUUUACUUGCUUCAUCGCACACGUCUCUACGGAACAUCACCUGGUCUAUUUUUUUCCUUCCUUAUUGUCCACACCAUCUCCCGACACCAUACACUAGGCUGUGAACUCCAUGGGGGAGGGCACCUCGUUGGUCCUGGUCGUGCUGUGUCCCUAGUGUCCAGCACAGCACCUGUGGUUCUGUGAGUGCUUGGAACACACCAGCAGGUUGUUGCUUGUGCUUCCCAGCAGCCCGACCUCAUCAGGUGGGGUGGCCAUGAGUUCUCAUCAUCCUGGGUCUUCUGACCAUGGAGAGGAGACUGGUGGUGCCCACAGGGAGAAGGGCUUUGCAAUCAUAGACAGAUGGUCAAGAACCCCUGUAUGUGGGAGAAGGAUUAGUCAGAAGCCUUGACCAUAAAAUGGGGGGUGGGGGUGGAUAUCAGAGAUGCUACAAAUCAGACUCACCUUGUGGGCAGAGAAGUGGCCAGGAAUGUGGGUGGUGCUGGGAGCUCCCCAGCAACACAGAGUCUUCGAGUCACGAGGGUCAGGGCUCAUCCCAGCCUUCCCUGCAGAUGCUGUUCUGUCUGCACAGGCAACACCCUCCCUUGUGUUGUCACAGAGACAAAAUCCCCCUGCAGAUGGAGUGGGUAGCACUUACGGGCAGCACUGUGCUCAAGGUGGGUCCUCGUGGUAGGAGGAACUGCUGAAGAGUCUAGACAAGUAUUUAUGCCUUGAGGACGGAGGGUCCCCAGGUGGAGAACUGGGGGCCCGAAUCACAGGGAACCUGAUCAGAUUUUCCAGCAGGAAGUCACUAAGUUUGGCCUUGCUCCCCAAACUCCUGAUCCUAAAAGUCAUUUGGGGGCUUAUUAAAAAUAUAGACCUCCUGGCCCCAACCCCGAUCCGCUAGACCCAGUGCUCUGGAGAUUCUUGUCAUGCUGGGAGCAGACAUCCAGUGGGACCUGACAUGGAAGGAAGCCAGCUUGGAUCGGGGUCAUUCUGGGUCCACCUUGGGCAGGACCCACGCAAGGUGUGAGGGACUCUAACCCGGCCCCAUGCAAUGACGACACCAUAGGAAAAGCCUGGUAGCCCAGGCUUCACGUGGCCUAGAGGGGCAACCCCAAGAUCCUCUUCACAGGGUUCUGGGAUAAAGGAGGGGUGAAACCUGGAGGUGAGGGGUGACAAUGUUGAACCUUACCUCCAGGCUCCUGGAAAACAGAGAUAGCUGAAUCCCUCCAACCUUUUGUGUUCCAGGAAACGGCUUACUGCGAAGGACAGAUAGGACUCUUGACCCCUCUUUCACAUAGGACAAGGCCAGAGCCAGACUCUCCAAAUUUCCAUUCACUCUCAUAAAUGAUUAGCUAGACUGUCCACGCUGAUCAAUCAGAACAAAAGUCUGUUGACUUCACCAAACUUUAGUUCAGCUUCUUCCCUCCCCAAAGACCCUUGAACUCUGACUUACUCCUAAGGUUAAAUAAGUAUUCGAAUGCAGGAAAGUGGCCCCUCUCUAGAACCAGCUGACGGCAAGACAUCUCCUGCUGCAGUCUGAUCUUCCACUCCCCACACCCGGUUCUUUCUAGCGUUGUUCACUCCUCCCUGUGAAAGAAAGUUCCUUUCUGCGCAACCUUGGAGAUGCUUGCAGAUCUUACUGUCAGAGUGUUCUCCCUACUGCAACAGUCCCCCUCUCCUUACUGGAAUCGUCUUUUUGAAUGUAGUCUCUCCUUACCUAAGCUUGAUUUUGUUUUCUGUUUGGCAGAAGUUGGCUCCAGGCCCUGCUUCUGGGUCUGGUCAGAACCCACAGCAGGAAGGAUGACCUCCCACAAGGCCUUGGUGAGCUGCCCAGACACGCACGAAGGCUGGGUUUCUGUAUGGGAACCACUGAGCAACUUUAACCAGGAA